AUGGAACCCGUGCGUCGUCGACGAAGACCAGCUGUGUACCAAACUUCAUCUCCGAUUCUAUUCAAUUGCAUGCGUGCAAGAAAAGGCGAAUGCGUCUACGAGAAUCCUCCAUCAGCAGAAAGAAGCACAGCCAGUCAAGAUCAUAUUGCCGAAAUAGCCGGAAAUAUCAAUGCUUUUUUCUCACUGCCAACACCUGAAGAUCUUGUCGCGAGCGCAAACUCUGUAUUGCCUGGUGUGAGCGCAGGAGCAGCAAGCUCUUCAACAGGUGCGCCGACACCAGUCAGUCAAUCAUCUGUUCAGGAACUCGACAUGCUACGAAACAGACUCCGAGACAUAAUAGAAGCUAUCGACCAGCACGCAACUGAGACCUCAGAUGUUGUUGUCGCAGUUCAGAAGUGCAAGACUAUGGCAAAGCGCAUCAAAGCACUACGUGCGCCAGCAUGGCCGACACCACUCACCACUGAAUUGGCAUCCAAAGCUCUUUGCGACUGUCUCGUCGAGUGUUACCUGGAGGGUAUAGAGAAGGUGUAUCGUAUACUUCACAUGCCGACAUUUAGGAACAAGUAUGAUGCUCUAUGGACCUCUGGUGUUGAGUCAGAUAGAGACUUUGUGGCUCAGCUCAAAUUGGUGCUUGCGCUGGGCGCGACGACCUACGAUGACAAUUUCUCGUUACGAGCCUCGGCUGUUCGGUGGAUAUACGAAGUUCAGACGUGGAUAUCGGAGCCAGAGUUCAAAUCAAGACUUGGCAUUCAAUUUCUACAAACAAAUGUUCUGCUUGUUCUUGCCCGAGAGAUGGUCUCCGUGGGAGGAGAAUCGUCCUGGAUCGCAUGCGGUUCACUCCUCAGGACCGCCGUAUCAAUGGGUCUGCACAGAGACCCUGCACUCUUAUCGAAAACCACGACAAUGGCUUGCGAGAUGCGACGAAGACUCUGGAACACGAUCCUGGAACUCUGCCUCCAGUCAAGUCUUUCAUCUGGCGGACCGCCAAUGAUUACAGAAGGAGAGUUCGAUACUGAGCCGCCAGGGAAUUUUGACGAUGACGAAAUCAUGACCAACGGUGCGACUCCCAGACCUAAUAGCGUCUUCACCCAAGUUUCGACUGCGAGGGCAUUGCGAUUGACAUUCGCGACUCGUCUCAAAGUUGUCAAGUUACUCAAUGAUCUCAAGUCUGGUGACUCGUAUCAAGAGACAUUGCGUCUUGACGCAGAACUGAAAGCUUCAUACAAGGAAGCCAAUCGUAUGUUGAAGGACUGCAAGAAGAGCCAAAACUCACCAACGGAGUUUGAGUUAACAGUAGGUGACUUCGUCAUGCGUCGGUAUCUCUGCGCACUCCACUUUCCUUACUAUGGACUCUCCUUACAAGAACCGAGCUACGCCUUUUCACGGAAGAUGACGGUUGAGUCAGCUUUCAGAAUGUGGUCCGCCGUAGCCGCAGAUAGUGUCAUAACCUCUCCAGACAAGCAACAAUUCGUGCGUCUCGUCACGUGCAGCUCCGGGUUCUUUCGACUCUCAACAUGGCAGUCCAGCAUUAUACUCGUCCUCGAACUGAGGAGUACGGUACAAGAGGACGACGGCCUUUCUUUAGCACCAGUACGACCAGACUUGUUCAAGGUCAUGGAGGACUCGAAAUCAUGGAACUUGCGAACCAUUGAAGCCGGAGAGACGAAUAUUAAAGGUUAUCUCAUGCUUUCGAUCUUGAUGGCACAAAUUAUGGGCAUGAUGCGACAUUUAUCCGAUACUGAGAUCGUUGAGUUCAUAUUGAAAGCUGGUGAAGAGGCGAUGCAAGACGCCUUGGUAGUGUUUGAGUCCUUUUUGGCUCAAUUACAACCUGAAGGUACAGAGAUUCAAGACUUACAGGACAUUGAUCUGAGCUUCAUGAAUGACUGGGAUUCUCUGAUGGUUGACGAUUUUCUGGAUGAUGGAGUUUCGGAUCCAAUGGCAUGGAUAUUUUGA